AUGGCUGACCCAAACAACUUCGCUCUUCUCCCAAGCGUUCUUCCUUGUGCUUAUUUCGAGGGCCCUGGGGUCGGUGUUGAGCAGAACCCCAGCCCAAAUUUUGGCUACCACCACGGUCCGCCCCGUGAUCAAUCCGAACCCUGGCUGGAAGCCCGAGGCGUUCCUAAACGCCGCCGCCGCAGGCAAUUACUACCUAUCAAAGCAGCGGAUAUUAACAAUCCCAGUGAUCAACCCCCGAACCCUCGCCUCCACCUGUCGAAAAUGAACACCUUGGUUUGUCCAGUGGUCGAGGACCCUUCUGACCACUGGCAGUGUAGUCAAACCUUUGCUACACAAACAGAGUUCCGGCGCCAUCUUCGCCAGAUGCACUCCGGUUGCUUCGUUAGCCCAUCCAACCGUCCAAUUAGCCUGGAAGAGAAGUCUCGUGGUCUGAAUGUACUAACUGGCUACGUCCGCAGCGGCCAGUGGCACCGCGAUGAUUUCGUAAAAGAACGUGGACGUGGACAAGCCGCCGGUCUCAUCGGCUGGUGGGCCGCCAACAUGGAGACAAUCACGUUUCUUGAACUUUCCAUUCGUUGCAAAACGCCUAACAGAUUCGAUUCAUCUAGUGACCAGGAUCCCGACUUCCGCGUCCUCUACGGGCGCCGCUUUCAACGCCCGAUAUUAUCACAUACCUCGACCUCUGCUGGCCACAGCCACCAAUAG